CUGCACAAGUAACUUAGCGCAGUCAGCACACGGCUGCGCUCGCGCUGGCCAAUUGUGGUGUCUUCAGAGCGUCCGGCGACGAGGACGCGUCAGUUCGGCCGGCUGUACCGGAACAUCUGCACAUCCCUUCUCAUCCUCCUGUAAACGCCAGGUAUUUUAGGGUGGUGUACAGUGGUGUAUCAUGGGAGAACUGUUCCGCAGUGAGGAGAUGAUGCUGGCUCAGCUGUACCUGCAGACGGAAUCUGCCCACAGCUGUGUCAGUGAGCUCGGUGAGGUUGGCAUGGUGCAGUUCAGAGAUUUAAACCCUGAUGUCAACGUCUUCCAGAGGAAGUAUGUGAAUGAAGUCCGCCGCUGUGAGGAUAUGAACCGCAUACUGAGGUUUGUUGAGAAGGAGGUGAAGCAGGCCAGCAUAGCCAUUGUAGACACAGGGGAGAACCCAGAAGUUCCUUUACCUCGAGACAUGAUCGACUUGGAGGCCACCUUUGAGAAGAUUGAAAUUGAACUGAAAGAGAUCAACACUAACCAGGAGGCCUUAAAGAAGAACUUUCUGGAAUUGUCUGAGCUCAAACAUAUCCUUAGACGCACACAGCAGUUCUUCAGUGAGAUGGAGGAUCCAUCUUUGAUGGAGGAGUCGUCCACGCUGCUGGACCCGAGCGAGGUUGGCCGCGCGGCCCCCCUCAGACUCGGGUUUGUGGCAGGUGUGAUUGGCAGAGAGAGGAUUCCCACCUUUGAGAGAAUGCUGUGGAGGGUUUGUCGUGGCAACGUCUUUCUGCGCCAGGCGGACAUUGAGGAGCCACUGGAGGACCCCACAACUGGCACCCACAUGCACAAGUCGGUGUUCAUCAUCUUCUUCCAAGGAGACCAGCUGAAGAACCGAGUGAAGAAGAUCUGUGAAGGUUUUCGGGCUUCGCUGUAUCCCUGUCCUGAGACCCCUCAAGAGAGGAAGGAGAUGGCAGCAGGAGUGAAUACACGUAUAGAUGAUCUUCAGAUGGUGCUGAAUCAGACGGAGGAGCACAGACAGCGUGUGCUGGAGGCUGCUGCUAAGAGCUUGCGUGUGUGGUUUAUCAAAGUGAGGAAGAUGAAGGCCGUGUAUCACACACUCAACCUGUGCAACCUUGACGUCACACAGAAGUGUCUCAUCGCUGAGAUCUGGUGUCCUCUGUGUCACCUGGACUCCAUCCAGCUCGCUCUGCGCAGGGGCAUGGAGAAAAGUGGCUCGACCGUUCCCUCCAUCCUGAACAGGAUGCAGACCAAACAAACACUGCCCACCUACAACCAGACCAACAAGUUCACCUACGGCUUCCAGAGUAUCGUGGAUGCCUAUGGCAUCGGCAGCUACAGGGAGAUCAACCCAGCGCCCUACAACAUCAUCACGUUCCCCUUCCUGUUUGCCAUCAUGUUCGGGGACAUGGGUCACGGCCUCCUCCUGACCUGUGCAGCCCUCGUCAUGGUGCUGCGUGAGAGACGCUUCAUCGCCCAGAAGGCAGACACAGAGAUCGUCAACAUGGUGUUUUCAGGCCGGUAUAUUCUCCUCCUGAUGGGACUCUUCUCCAUCUACACUGGGAUGAUUUAUAAUGAAUGUUUCUCCAAACCACUCAAUGUCUUCGGCUCCAGUUGGAGUGUGAGCCCGAUGUUCCGUCAGACGAACGGAGUCAACUGGACGUUUCAGGUCUUGAAGGAGAACAGUGUACUUCAGUUGGACCCUGCUGUAGCUGGAGUGUUCAGUGGACCCUAUCCCAUCGGUAUCGACCCAAUCUGGAGCAUGUCUGCCAACAAGCUGAACUUCCUCAACUCCUUUAAGAUGAAGAUGUCUGUCAUUCUGGGCGUGAGCCACAUGCUUUUUGGAGUCUCUCUCAGCUACUUCAACUACAUCUACUUUAAGAAGCAGCUGAGUGUCUGGCUGAGCUUCAUUCCUGAGAUAGUCUUCAUGAGCUCUCUGUUUGGCUACCUGGUGCUGUUGAUCUUCUACAAGUGGCUGGCAUACGACGCCAGCACCUCUCAGAACGCACCCAGCCUUCUCAUCGCCUUCAUCAACAUGAUGCUGUUCAGCUACAAUGACACCACCAACCAACCGCUGUACAUGGGCCAGAUGGUGAUCCAGUCCUUGUUGGUGGUCAUCGCUGUAGCGUGUGUUCCCUGUAUGCUGGUGGUGAAGACCGUGAUGCUUUGGAAGGAGUACCUGCAGAAGAAAGGCCUUAGCGCCCAGAACUUUGGAGGAGUGCACGUGGCCAACGGUCCCACGGAUGACGAGGCUCAGAUCAUCCAACAUGACCAGCUCGCUCAGACACCAGAGGAGGAGCUAGAUUCUGAAGUGGAAACGGUUGAUUUUGUAGAUGUAGCAGUGAAUCAGGCCAUCCACACAAUAGAAUAUUGCUUAGGCUGCAUCUCAAACACAGCUUCAUAUCUACGCCUGUGGGCCCUCAGUCUAGCGCACGCACAGCUGUCCGAGGUCUUGUGGUCGAUGGUGAUGCAUGUUGGUCUGGCCUCCAGGAGCCUUUUUGGUUUCCUCGGUGUGUCUUUCAUCUUUGCGUUCUUCGCCACAAUGACGGUGGUCAUUCUCCUGGUCAUGGAGGGCCUGUCAGCCUUCCUACACGCUCUCCGCCUACACUGGGUGGAGUUUCAAAAUAAGUUCUACACCGGUCAGGGCUUCAAGUUCUUGCCCUUCACGUUUGACAGCAUUCUGGAGGGACGAUCUGAGGACUGAACUCACCCGACCCAGACCAGUCCGUCAUAGACCUGUCCAUCAUAGACCAGCCCGACCCAAUGCAGACCAGCCCAUCUUAGACCAGCCCGUAUGAUGGAGUCUUUAUUCAGUCUGUGUGGACUUGUCUGGGUGGACUUUCUGUUCCUCAGCCUGGGAAAAAUUAAAAGACAAGAAAAAAAAAGGGUCAAAAGGUGAGAGGGGAAGAGAGGGGGAGGUGAGAGGUUUGUUUCAGGAGCUACAGAAGGGCCCCCAACAUUUUCCUGGUGGAAUUUUCAGUAUUUUAUUAUUGAUCUCGGAUUUUUGACUGGCCUUUCGUCUGGAAGUUUUGCAGUGUGUUUCUCUCUCUGUCCUCCUUUCUUAGCCUGAGAAGUUUUCGUCCACUGAAUGAUUUCUUUGGGCAUUUUCGUGGUGAGGUUGACCCUCAGGAUGGCUCUGUCCUCCCUCAUGUCUGUCCACCUCUCUUACCUGUACACGUCACCAACAAACAGGACUAACAGUCCACAACGUGUCCUCUUGUGAUUAUUGUGUGUGUUUUACCUGAUAUCCAGGACACUGAUCCAGGACAGAAUAUCACAAGGCCUGAACCUCUGGGUCAUGUGACGAUGGCUGAGCUAACCAGACACUAAUGAAGGAGCUCCAGGUCACAGCCCAGUGUGGCGUAGUUCGUUACCCGCGCACUCACAACUGCUGCUGAUAAGUUUUGUUUUUCCUUUAGUGCUGUGAAUAAUCAGACAUAAAUCAUCACACUCGGAUGUCAAAUCACACAUUUACAGCUAAAUGUAUGCAUUCAUCUUCAGUGUUGGUUGGCAUGUCCUGUUUGAGUUUCUUGGUUUGACCUACCCAGUUCAUCAUCUCAGACACUAGACUUCAACCCAAUGAAGACGUUUGCCCUGUGUGGCUUUACACACUUACAUGCGGUAAUUAAAGUGCUUGUCAAUAAAGAAGCGGCACGGGAGGCAAUCAUCCCAUCUCUCUGUCCUGCCUGGUGUAGUGGGACUGGUCACGGGAGCACAUAGGGAAUUCUGCUUACUGCCUUUUUAAUACCCAAUAAAUUCUGAAUGCAAA